AUGGACGCCGAGGCGGGUAUGGGCAUGGACGCCGAGGUGGGUAUGGACAUGGAUGCAGUGCUGCCUGGUGUCGAGGCCGUGGCGUCGGGCACGUCGUCGUCGUCGUCGUCGUUGGGUGGAGAAGCUGGUGACAGUGCCGCCGGCCUUGACGCCAACGCCGAGUCUGCCGACGAGGGUGAGACGGUGGCGCGGCGGCUGCAAAAGUCGUUCUCCAACCCCAAUCUCAUCCACGACCGUCCGCUGGGCCUGCGGAGGUUCGGUUCGUACGCUUCGAUUGGGUCCGAUGGUGGCGAGGCGGUCGACGACGAGCCGCCGGAUCACGUUCUCACCACCGCGGUGGUGCGGACUGUCCUGGUCGCGCCGUUUGCGUCGCUGGGCACGAUGCUGCCGCACCACUUUCGGCGCGCCGAGUACCUGGCGGGCCUGCUGCUGGUCAUGCUGCUCUUUCUUCUCAUCGCGGUUCUGGUCGGCUUGCGGACAGACGAGCUCGACUCUUGGUCGCCGUCGAACAUCUAUCUGGUGGUCGCCGCUGGUAUCUAUGUGCUCCUCUACUUUGCGGCGCGGACGCCGCACUACUACUUGGCCGGCAUCAUAGCAGUCGUCCUUGCUACCGCCACCUUUUUCGUCGCCGUCGCCAUGGCCGACGACUCGGCCUUCUCGGCCGAGUUCUUCCUUGCCCGCCUCUCCGCUCUUUACGUUGUCCACAUUCUGGGAUCGGUCAUCAUGUCGCUGCCGCUGUUUGGCGGCCUCGCGGUAUUGACCUCGAUUGCUCUCGCGGUCCUUCCAGCCAUUCUCGACUUUACCUGGAUCGACGUUCUUGUCCCGCUCCUGGUCACCGUCACACUGUACGCGGUUCUCUGCGCCAACUGGUACAUUGCCCGCGAGGACAUCAAGCAAAUCCAGAGUGCUGGCACUCGGUACGGCAAUCUCAUCGGGGCCUCGUUCGAAGGCAUCAUCAUCGCAGUCCCAUGGACCAUCCACACCGUCAACCCGGCCGCCGCAGACCUGCUCGGCUGCACCGAGGCCGACCUCGUCGGCUCCAACUUUAUCGACCUCGCCGACGAGUCCAUGAACGCCGAGGUGACUCUGGCGCUCAAGCACCCGCUUGGUCUCCCCACCCACGCUGUCUUCCGCGUCGCCAACGGCAAGCGCGUCCUCUUUGAGCUCCUUGUCAAGCCGUACUCGCUGGCCGGUGAGGGCGAGGCUCUCGCCAUUGCUCUUCGCUCGGUCCGCUUCCGCAUGACCGACGAUGUCGGCCUUGUCGUUCCUCACCCCACUGCCGCCAACAUCAAUCCCAUCGCCGAUCCGCACCCGCCCGUCCGCCCGACGGCGUGA